AUGGAAGCAGUGGACUUGACUUUUCCGGUGGACGUCGCCGGCGCGCAGAAGUUUAUGGGGAUGGAGGGUCUUGUGAGAGCUGGGGUUACAGUCAAGGAGCUUGAGCCUUGUGAUUUGGACCGUGUUUCUGUUCGCGCAAGCCCUUUGACUGAGGCUUGCAGCUCAUUUCUCAGCGAUAAAGAGUAUGAACCAUCUAAGCUUGGUGGUCAGCUGCUCAGUUAUCAGGGUGAAGAAUUGUCCAGGCACCAACAUUGUAGGGGCAAAAAUGGUUUUUUGUUGCAUACUGGUGCUGAAAGUGUACAGCUAGAACGGAAAUCAGGAAAGGUGUCAAAAAUGGGUAGUUCGACUUCUAAGAGACCACGAAUUGCUAGAUUGGAAGAUCCAACGAGUUUAGCUGGAGUUGAUGGGAUAAGGGAUAUGUCAGAUAAGCUCGGAUCAUAUCUUACAAAGUGCAGUUCUUCAGAUAAGAAUCAAUUGGCGAAACAAAAGAACAACUGUACAAGCAAGCGAGGUGAUAAGAGAAAUCUCAAACUUCAUGCAAAGACUAAACAUGAUUCUUUCUCCGUAAAGGCGGGUUUGCCAAGCUUCGGUUCUGCUGCUGGAGGGAACAACUUUUUCGGAGUACAUGGCCUUAAGUCAGAUAAUCAUGAUGUCACAAAGCUAGUAGAUGAUGUGCUACUGAAUGAGCUCCUUGAUGGGACAUGCAAGUGUCCUAGUUUAGACAAGGGCAAAGGGAAGAAACCAGCAAAUGUUAACGAUAGUUUUCUGCAUUCAGUUAGAAAGGCCAGUUUCGUCCUUCAGCUACCAAGGUCUGUCCAGCCCCAACAUAUUGCUGAAGUAGAUAGCAAUUCCGACAAGAUAAUGUCACCAUGGCCGUUAAGCACAAGUUCUGUUGUAACUUCUGGCGUCAAUGGUGAUAAGGGAGAACCAGUCAUCACAGAUCUCUCUUCAUGUAAUGAGGUACAGGAUUCUCAUAAAAAGCCUGAAACUCCUGCUAAUCCCCUUGAUUUGCCAUUAUGUGAACCUAAGUAUAUUUUGGAACGUUUGGCUCUUCCUCCACCCAAGGAUUUGGAAUCUUUGCUUUUGGAUGCUGCAAAACCUGCUUUAUCUUCAAAAAGUACUCCUGAUCCAUGCUCAGGCAAGCAAAUAUCUCGCCGGGCAAGCUUGCCUCCAUUUCCAUGGUCGCAUACUUCUAAUGGGCACUGUAGAACCAGUUCUGAUGCAGCAAAACUGUCCACAAGCAAGGGCACAUGCCAAGGUCGAUGGCAAAGAAUAGGGAAGAAUAUUGUUAGCUCAUUGGGGGCUGUCACUAAUAAUUUUACAGACUUGGAGUCACUAACCUAUGAUCAGAGUCUAGUUCCUUCUGCAAGGCUAAAAAUUGCUGGUUCAGAAAAUCAAGUUUCCCCAUCCAUAUCUGUUAGUCUUUCUUGGUUUCGGCGGGAUUCAUCAUCUGGUGCAACAUGUUCCAAACAAUCCUUCGUUCCGCUAGAAUCUGGAGGCAAGGUGAAUCAUUCAGGAAAUGGUAAUGGGUUAUGCAUAAAGUCAAGGAAGAUGACAAAGAAUGAUGCUGCCGUGUUGGCAUUGAAACUUAAUCCAAAAUCAUUCAAUGGAGGCCUACUUUGGCUGUGUGACUUUGCCGUUAUUAAUGAAAUGGUUUUUGCUUGUCCAGAUGAGCAUUGUCCACAAAUAUUAGCUGCUGCUCGAACACUGUGUGACAUGGCAACUUGUUCCUCGAGGCAAAAUCCAGAUGGAAUCAUAAGAUGGCCAAAGAAGCCUUUACAAAAGGCCAUGAAAGCUCGCAAGUUAAAAUCAAUAGAGAAACCUGAAGAAGCAUAUGGAACAUCGGUUGUUGUAUCUGGGUCUGAUAAUCUCAGGAGAAGCGUCAACCGGAUGAUGCUACCCCCAAAGAAGCCCAGGCUCUCUAUGGUUGAUGAUAGGAAGGAUUUCAAUAAUUUCAGCUGCGUUACAAAAGGACCAAUAAAUUGGUCUACACCCAGGUCAAGUAGGUCAUCACCUGGCAAAUCACUUAAGGAGUCAAUUGUGGAUAUAAGACAUUCAACCACGGAUGUAGCGAGGCAGUCGUAUAUGAUGCCACCACCAGCAAGGGUUCCAGAAAAGGCGUCGAACAAGCGGGAGAAGAUGGGAAAGUUAUUGACAAUGGAAUGGAACAGAGGAAGGGACCGGCUGGACUGA